UUUAUGAUUCGGACGACAACAGCUACAUCGUAGCGUCGAUUCAUUUUUCUUUCGGCUAUAAUCUGGUAUAAAUGUCAAGUAACAACAGUAAAAAACAUAAUGCAAGAUCGCAUUCGCGCACCUCGCGUUUUACACCAAAAAUAACAGAAUAUCUCACAGAAGUCGCCGUGGAUCGGGAGCUGGAACGCUUUAUGGUAUUCUCGUCGGCAAGCAGCAGCAGCCUUGGCGCGCAGAGUAGCAGUAAUAGCGCCGGCGCGCGUUCUUGUGUCAUGCGUAGUAGCAGCAGCCGCUGCCUCGCUGGGGGUGGAAAAUUGUUAUCGCAUUCGUCGCCUGAGGUCGAAGUGGAAGAAACCGAAGCGACAGCUGCCGAUGCUGCUGCCUUUGCAGUUGCUGGUGCGGUCAUUGCAGCUACAACGGAAUGUACUUUGGAAACCAAGUCGGAAAAAACAGAUGCUACCCUUAUAAUACCAAUUGUUAUGGAUUCCGAUGGAACACCAGCAUCUACGUCAAAAUCGGUACAGUGCACAUCGGCAUCUGCUGAGGAUGUGCGGACGCCGCCGCGUAAAAUGCUCACGAAGGAUACACAGACUCCCGAGUCUGCGUUGAAGACACACAAGCGUCUCGAGUGGGAUCCUGCGGCCGAUGUGGGAUAUAAGCGAGCCGCAUCCACUAGCAACCUAAGUACUUUGGAGCGUUCGGUGUUGGAGGAUCACUUCUACAAAGGUGGAGCUGGCGCAUUGCCAGAGCAACACGGUGAUUGCGUAAGUCGUGUCAAUCAUUCGGAGUCCGACUUGAAUCGCUUGCAGGUCGAGCAAGAGCAAUCAACGCCACCUCCACCACUGGCCUCCAGCACUUUCGUCAAUCGAGAUCGCACUCUGCCGAAGCCCAUUAGUCAGGCCAUUGCAGGUCGUUGUACUCAGGGCACUAACACAACGCUACUUAAAUAUCAAAAUCAGUCGGCACAGACGUCGACGCGACGAUAUAGCAAGCAGGCGCAUGAAUCUGGCGCCACCUCAAGAUAUAGCAGUUCCGCAGCUAGCAGCUUUGACUAUCGCCACUCGCGUCCAUCUACAGCCAACACCAUCACCAGCAGCAACACCAGUUCGAAUGUAAGCGCUGGAACCGUGCCGACUUCAACGGCGGAGCUGCAGCGACAGGAGCAAGAGUAUAGGGCCCAACUUGAGCAAGUCCUUCGCAGGCGGCGAAGCGACAACAAGGAAAAUGUGCAGCCAGCUGCCAAGCUAACCCCAUCAUCACCGAAACGCGAUCUGGAUCUCGGCAUUGAGCUGCUCUGCUCUCUGGUCAACAAGCGCAGCCUUAGCCACGGCCAAAAGAAGCAUCUCAUACGUGACAUUGCCAAGCGUAUCGCUUGCCUGGAUCUCCUGAGCAGUAGCAGCCGUGAUGGCUCGGCCACAAGCGCCAGUCUGCGUCAGUCCAAACAAAACUCCCACAGCAGCGCCAACAGCACAAGCAGCAAAUGUCCCAGUCAGAGCCAAGGCCAGAGUCAGAGCCAAAGCCAGAGUCGCAGUAGCACGCAAUAUAUAUUUGCUAGAAAUCGCAGUGAGGUACACGAAGCCACUUGCGCCGGGUCCCAAGACAGGAUGAUUGAUAAGACAGCUUCAACUUCAAACUUGCAGCAAGUUACAAGUCCUUGUUCUUCAAUAGGAGUUGAGACAUCAACUGGUAGGUCUACAACAGAUAUAGUUUCUCGACAAACCGAGCCUGUGCUGAGGGCAGCGAACUUGGAUGAAGGUCUGAACCAACGAAGUGUGGUUUCAGCUCCAGCCGUGUGUCAGAAGCAGCCCGUAAUGUCGAAGGUUGGUAACGCCGCCUUAGCUACAUCCAGUGGCAAUCAACUGACCAUUCCCGAUGAGACUGCAGAGCCAAAUACGAGUAGCAGCAGGAGCAGUGGACGCGCCCCCACCACUAUAUCCGAAGCAGCCACAGCCUCUACGACCAGCAGCAAUUCCAACGAACUGGUCACACAGAAGACAAAUGUGAAGCAAAAGUCAGCCCGGGAAUCGGCUGCCGGAAGUAAUACGGAUGCAGAGCUAGUGGCCAUGCAGGAGUGGCUUAACCCCAUGACGCAAAGUGAAAUAGAGUACGAGGAAAAGCGGAACCAACAGCAGCAACGGCUCGGCUUAGACACACAGCGGCGCAAGCAGAUCGAUUGGAUUGAGUCUGAGAUCGACCGACUGAAGUCGUUGCGUAGCCUGCUUUUUGGCAACGCCCUACAGCCACCGACGCAGGUGUUGCAGAUUGAGAGCGACCCUCGCUCGGCGGUGCCAAGUGAGGAGCUCAUUCGAAGCCAACCGCUGGUGAUUCAGCCCAGCACUUCGGCCAAUUCCGUGCCCCUUAGCUCCAGUGUUGAGGUAUGCAUUGAGCUUCCGCCGCCCACAGAAGGUGAACAAAAUGUGCCAAAGCACCAGGCGGUGCAGACCGAAAUGGAUCAACCACCAGCAGUGCCAACAAGACAUUCGCUUUUGGGACGCAGACCAGCACCACCGGCACCACCAGUGACGCCAGAGCCAACGCCACCAUUGGCACCACCAGCACAACCACUACCACCGUCACCACCAUCUGAUCGACCAGCAGGCCGAAAGCAGCGCAGCAAAAUGGCCACGCCGACGUCCAGCACAGGACACAGUUGCUCCGGUGGCAGCGAGAGCGUCUGCUCCUUUGUUCAGCAGCGCCAGCGAGAGUUCAUCGAACAUUAUCAGAAUAAGCAGCAGACCCAGCUAAGCGCCUUGCUGCAACAGCACCAGGAGCGUCUGCAGCAGCAACAGCAAUUCACGCAGCAGUAUAUGCAGCAGCAACAACAUCUACACCACCAGCACCAAAGCCUUCCGUUGCCGCCGCGAUAUCAGCAAUGUGUCUACCCACAGCAACCACAAUGCAUGCAUUAUGACCAAACGACCGUGGCUGCCGUCGCUGCCACCGCGGCCGCCACUGCUUAUGCAAUGCCACAUCUAACCAGUGCCGCCUAUACCUGCAUAGAUGAUGGAGCUGUUUAUUAUCAGGUCGGGGAUCCCCAGUGUGCUGCAGCAUACGUACAAGCAGCAAUUGCUACUGCCACUGCGACUGCCACAACCACAGAGGUAACCGCAGCCUGCACCCUUGCCACAAGCGCAACCACAUCAACCACGUCGUCCUCAUCCCUGCUGUGCAUCUCCUCGGAAAUGUCAAUACCCAUGGGCAUGGUCAACACCUCAGAGACAGCAACCACCACAACCACGACCCAUCAGUAUGAUGAUGUCGCCUGUGCCUCACGUCACAUUUGUGGUGCCAAGUCGCGACACCGCCAUCAUUGCCAUCGUCAUCAUCACAAGCACCACCAUCAGCAGCAGCCAUCGGAGUGUGCACCACCUCGCCAGGGAUCGACAGCCACUUACGCAGAUGUGGCUGGCGAUGAUCCCACUGGCUGGAGUUCUCAUCUGGGCAGCAGUCAGCGCACACGUCUCAUCAACUGCGUCCAGAUGCGUCCGCGUGGCAUUGCCUACGUUCUCCAGUUCACCUCCUCCCACCAGCCCGGUGAAGAGGCUUGUCAACUUACCAGCGACGCUCUGUCCCUGCAGGAUCACUUGCAACGUGCCCGACCCAAGUUCUGCGCAAAGUCCAAGGAACGCAAAGCUAUACUCAAUCAGAUGCAACUGCUUCGCAAUGCCCGUCGUCGGGAAAUGGACGAACUUAUCGAGAAUACCAGCCUAGAGCAUUUGGAUCAGCGUCUGCGCGAGCUGCCGCCCCCGCCCACAUCCCGUGUGCGCGUCUUUAGCACGAAGGAGAUGAAGGCUCUAACGAACAAACGCUGCGAGAGUCUCCCCGAGGUUUUGGCCGCCAAGCGUAGGGAGCGCGAAGAGCGACGUCGUCGCAACAAUCGCAUAAUGCGCGAUGUCUUCAAUCGGCGUUUACAAAAUCGGGUGCGCAAGGGCCAGCUAUCGCUCAACCAUAGCCGGACGGUUAUUUAAGGAGCAAAAAAAGGACUUUGACUCGACCUCGACGUAUCUGCCAAUUUUCCCACCGAAAUGUUUUUUUUUUUAUUUGAAAAUUUUUUAUGAGCUAAUUAUGUUUAAAUCUUCAGGUUAUAUUUCUUAUGCCAGUGCAGGCUUUUGCUUUUCCAUAAUUGUAAUUGAUGGCUUUUUUCCUUCUGUUUGUCAAUAAAAAGCGUUCAUUCAGUGAA